AUGAUAAACUCUACUUGUUUUUUAGUUCUCAGUGAUCUCACCGGGAAUUACAUUAAUGGAUCAAUUCCUGCUAUAUUUGGCCAGCUUCGUGUUACCUCUCUCAGCUCAUCACUUCAUGGAAAUAGUUCAAGUGACCCAAUCCCGGCUGAAAUUGGUAACAUUGCCGCUUCGGAAUCGCUGGAUUUGGAAGAUAAUCUGCUCGAGGGAAAUCUACCGUCGGCCGUCAAAUUCCGAGUCUGCUACACGUCCUCCGUCUGGCCUCCGUUGUGCGCGGCGCCAGAAAUCGUCGAGGGUUUGUUCGCCCUGCCAGGAAGCGCGACUAUGGUAGUCGUCGGCGUCCUCAGCGAUGCGGUGCCCAACCCGACCCAGCCCGCCUCAACACGACGGAAAUUUUUCACGGGGAAGAGAAACUCGUGGAAAACGGGCGCCUCCAGUCGCUGUCGCAGCUCAUCACUUCAUGGAAAUAGUUCAAGUGACCCAAUCCCGGCUGAAAUUGGUAACAUUGCCGCUUCGGAAUCGCUGGAUUUGGAAGAUAAUCUGCUCGAGGGAAAUCUACCGUCAAGCAUCGGAAAUUUGCGCAAUUUAAAUAGGCUCUUGCUCAAUCAUUUUAAUGGAACGGUACCAUCAAUAUUCGACAAUUUAAGGAACUUGACAGAUUUUCGUAUUGAUGUGAGUACGCUAUCUGGGAUAAUACCUGAAUUUAUUGGAUACUGGAUCAGACUUACUAGAUUAGACAUGCAAGGCACCUCAAUGGAGGGACCGAUUCCCGCCAGAAUACCACCCGAAUUGAGAUUCUUGCUACAAUUGUGUAUUCCCUUCAAAUACAGGGAAGCGGAAGAUGGCAAUGUCUCACCUGAGAAGAUAGUUGAAGUAUUAAUGAUCAAUUCAUAUAGCGGACAUGGUCUUCUAUUUCCUAAGCUGAGGAGGCAGCAGAGAGAGAAGCCAUGGAAGAGGCUGGGGUUCGAGGGGAUUUAG